AUGAAACGCUCUUUACUAUUGGCUCUUUGGAGCACAGGCGUCUUGGGAGGUCCUUGCAAGCCAUCCAAACCCUCGGAAACUUCAAUUGCUGAUGGCACACCUACCCAAAGUAAUCACAUCUCUUUGGGACUUUCAUCCACGUAUGGAGACUCAACGAAAACGGGCCAAGAUAGUGCGCAUGACACCUCAACAGGGACCUCUCCCCACGAGAGCGGUCAGAUCUCAGUAUCCAUUCCUUUCUCUGAGUCCGACUUGAACACAAACACACAAGACGCGGUAUCAAAUACCAUUGGGCUCCCAGAGGGUUCCGUGACUGGUACAGGAUCUUUUCCAGAGCCUACUUCAGAGGGUGGCAGUGUACCAGGAACCGUCACUGAUGGUGACUCUGAAGAGACAUCUGGAGGUGCGGGUAACUCCGGAUCUCCUUCGUCUCCCCAGACUGAUGGCUCUUUCCCCACCGGUACUGCUGACUUCCCUGGAGAGCACUCUGGUACUGUCACGAACCCUGACGCUUCUGGUACUGCUACUGGACCCGAGGAUUCCGGGAAUCCAUCUGGCACUGCUUCUGGUUUCCCUGAACAAUCUUCUGGCACUCUAGUCAACACUGAAGUUUCUGGUCAACCGACCGGAACUGCUGAUGUACCAGGAGGACCUGGAGCUACGGAUGCAAACACAGCAACCGACCUUCCCACUACUAUCCCUAGUGACGUUCCUGGUGGCGCCUCUGACACCGCUACCAACCCUGAGGGUUCUGGUCCAUCUGGUACUGCUACAGGCCCAGGCGAGGCUGGCACCACUGCGUCCGGUGGUGUCCCUGGUGAAGCUUCUGGCACAUCACCACAAGACAGUGGUGCCUCUGAUACUGCUACCAUCCCCGAGGGUUCUGGUCCAUCUGGUACUGCUACAGUGCCAGGAGAGCCUGGAACUACAGACAGCCCAACUGGGAUCUCUGAGGGUGUUUCCGAUAGUUCAUCUGGUACUGCUACAGUCCCAGGCGAGGCUGACAACACUGCGUCUGGUGGAGUUCCUGGUGACGCUUCUGGCACAUCGCCCCCAGGCAGUGAUGCCAAUCCAACUGAAGUUGCCACGGAUGGGACCAGCAACGGAGGCCCAACUGUCUCCCACGAUCCAACCAACACACCGGGAUCGCCAGAAGAGACUGUCUCCAACCCGGCCACUGGCACUGAGCAAGGUCAAGACACUGCAACACAAACCGACGCAGCUCCCAGCACAGAGGUAGCACCAACUGGUAUAGACACAUCAAUUGCUGGUCCUGCCACUACUGCUCCUGGAAACACCCUUCCAAAUGACCAGGGUACUCUGACCCAGAGCAAUGGCGAUGAGUUUACAUCCGCCGCCCCUGGAGACGCUACCGAAGAUCAUUCAGGAGCUGUCACAACUGAUGCUAAUGGUGCACCCACUACUCUUCCUGGGAACCAAGACCAGACCACUGGAUCCCCAGAGCAGUCAACUAGUGCUUCGAGCGACCAGAACUCAGAUGGUAACAGCAAUGAGACUUCUCUUGGUCAAGAGGACUCCUCAGCUGCUAGCACCACUGACGGUAACGCUGCUCAGCCAACAACCGAGGGAGAUGGGGUUACCACAAAGCCUGUUGCAGAUAACACCGAUGCCUCAUCUACUGGAUCUUCUGAAGUCAACAACGGUGCUACUACAACUGGAUCCGGGCCUGUUGAGACAACGGACUUUGAUGGUGUCCCAUCGACAACAGUGCCUGCUCCAUCCGCCACUGCCAACCCUGUCACUAGCGCUGCUACAACUGACACUGACAUGCCGGUCGUAACAGAAGCCCCUCCUGGAUUUAACCCCAGCACUGUUAUUGGACACCCAGAAUGGACUACUAACACUUGGAUCACCACCACUACUUCAGAGGGUUCUGACCCAACAGUUGUUCCAGUCCUCGUUGGCUGUAAUGACUGUGGUGGGGGUGGCUCUGGUAUCAUUCUCUGGGGCUUCCCUCCUGUCAUCAACACUUGGUUCCAGCUUCCUAACCUGCCCAAAUUUUCUUUCCCUUGCAUCCCUCCUGCUUCCGGUUGUACAUCAACGCCCGUCACUGAAGAGACUGGGGAGGACGACGACGACGACGACGACGACGAUAAGUCUUCAACCACCUGCACUGAUAAGGCUACUGUUACCGAUUGUUUUGUUGCCUGCACAACAUAUACCGGCCCAGCAGGAGUAUCUGUUACCCCGGAGUGUCAAACAACCUGCACCAAGACACAUACAGGAUGCAGCGUCACUGGCACAACAACUACAUCCUCUGCAGCAGCAUGCGGACCCUCUGGCGACAGCGAGUGCACCACAUGCAACGUUGAUCUUACUGCCAACGAUGAUUCUGAGUCAUUGAAGCGACGAUCUCUUGAGCGAAGAGGCGGCAUAGACAUCAAGAAGAACAUUGCCGGUUGCGAUUGGUCUAACACCCCGGUUGGUGCACCAAGAUUCCCCGCGUACCCAGGUGGAAACCUUGUUUUGAACAACGAGGCAGCAAUUGUGUCUCAGAACUCUCCUUUGAAUCAGAUCAAGAGAUGGUGGCGAACAACGCGCGACACCAACUGUGUGCCAUCUCUUAACAACAUUGGGGAGGCUUCAUAUCCCAAGACGGGAUUAACGGAUGUCGAAGGACCCUCCAUCGAUCAUGUUUAUGAGAAGAGUAUGCUCUUGGACUUCUGGCGGUUCAUCAUCGAUCCAGCUGCAGCCGCUGUCGUUGGCAUGAAGACCGGUACACCUAACAAGAUCAACUGUGACGACAUCAAGUCCUACGGCGGCAUCAACUCGGGUUCAAACCUGAUCCAAAAGGUGUUUGACACCUACCCUGGCAGCGCAGAGGUUCUCAUGCCCAACAAUGCCCAGUUUAUGGAUGACUUUAUUGGUAUGGACCAGUGGACCAACGGCAAUGCAAAGGCCCAGAUCACAGAUCCUCAAGGCACCAAGACCCAGGCCGACAAGAAGGCCUCCAAUGGCAAAGCGGUGAGAGCCAAUACAAACAUUGCCAACGCGAAGAGAUGGAUCGAGGAUAAGAUGCUCUUUCUCGAGGCGCUGGCAAUUGGUGUUGAGAUGUUCAAUGUCGAUGAGGCCAAGAAUGCUCUCAUCCGCCAGAACCUCCGCAUCUACCAAACUCUUGUCGAUAUGGAUGAGAAUGCGAAGAACUGUAUGAAGGACGAUGCCGUCAUCAACGGUGUCUGGUCAUUCGCGGACAAGUACCAGACUUUUAUGGCCGACAGGUUCACUGGCAACCAAGACUACUCCAUGAACCAGGGCGUGGUUUAUGCCAAGAAUAAACUCAUCACUGCAUUGACAACAGACGUUGCAAAUGCCGCCAACAUUGCGAAUAUUCCUGCAGGUGACCUUACCUCUUGGCAAAAGAGAUUGGCCAACAUGCAAGACGCAAGCCGCGUUUGGGAGGUGUCAGUCACUUUUGUUUGGGCUGGACCGACUACAUCUAAGAGAGAUACUGAUGGUCUCUCUUGCGACCGUCCCAACCCAUCCUUCACUACUGAGUCUACGGUUGAGCCUACUACCGACUUUACUACAUUUGCGACUUCUAUGAGACCGUCAUCCGACAUUGUCACGAGCGAUGAGGUACCUUCUACAACAGAGCAGGUCACUUCCUCCAAAAACCCACCCCUCUUGACAGAUCUCCCAUCACUCACCCAGCAAGUCCCCGAUACCACCAUCUCCACACCCGAUGGUAGCUCGUGUGCUGAGACAGCCACUGUUACCAACUGCAACGUUGGUAUCGGGGGAGGUCAUGGUGGACCAGCUUGUGUAGAGAGAGAGACUUGCAACUCAUGGAUCAACACCAAGACCACAAGUACCACUCCCUCACCAACACCUACUCUCGCAAAGCCCGACCCUGGCCUAAAUGAGAAGCACUGUUACAACUCUGGACAGCAGUCCAACUAUGAGGCUAUCACAUACGCUGCUGAGUCGUUUUGCCGCGACGUAGUUAACGACCAGGUCCAAGGUCCAGUCUGGUCGAACUACAAACUGGAGGGCAAGAAGACACCUAGUACGGGUUAUCACUUCAAGCUUGCCUUCCAGGUGAAUGAGGGUUGGCAACAAGCAGGGUGGCUGGGUUGA